CGUAAUUGGUUUUUCUGACUAAUUUUUCUUCAUUCAGCCUCGCAUUCUUGUUUCAUUGACGUUCCUUUUGUUUGUAAAUAUUAUCGGCUGGAAAUAGUACGCAAUGUGAAAUUACACGCAUUCCUCGACGGUCUGUACGUUACGUAAACCUUAUAUGUAGCAUACAAUUGGGAACUAUGUUGGAACAUUUGUCAUAACCUAGUGCUUGUGUUUUGUUAAAUUUCUUUUGACUGUGCAAUUAUGUGAUAGAAUGAUGCCGCCUUUUAGAAGAAAGAAGGCUGCCAAGUCUUUUCCCGUGAAAGUGUGUACUUUAGAUGCGGAGUUAGAAUUUAACCUUGAGUGGAGAGCAACAGGUCGGGACCUAUUUGACCUGGUGUGCAGGACUAUAGGACUCCGAGAGACAUGGUUCUUUGGACUACAGUUUGAGGAUACAAAGCACUUUAUAAGUUGGCUCAAAUUAGAUAAACGAGUACAGGACCAAUGUGUAUCACAAAUGCCGGGCACGCCUUUCAUGUUGCUAUGCAAGCUGUACCCGGAGGAUGUGGCUGAGGAACUGAUCCAAGAGGUGACGCAGCACCUGCUCUUCUUACAAGUGAAGCAGGCCAUACUUAGCAUGGAUAUAUACUGCCCACCGGAGGCCUCGGUACUACUGGCUAGUUAUGCUGUGCAGGCUAAGUAUGGAGAUUAUGAUGAGAGUGCAUCUAAGCCGGGAAUGCUGGCUAGUGAAGAUUUACUGCCGCAGCGCGUCAUUGACCAGUAUCAAAUGACCCCCGAGAUGUGGGAGGAUCGCAUCAAGAUAUGGUAUGCAGACCACAAAGGUAUGUCCAGGGAUGAAGCGGAGAUGGAGUAUUUGAAGAUAGCUCAGGAUCUGGACAUGUACGGAGUCAAUUACUUUGCUAUUAAUAAUAAAAAGGAAACCGAUCUGUACUUAGGUGUGACAGCUUUAGGAUUGAACAUCUAUGAGAAGGACAACAAGUUGACACCAAAGACCACAUUCCCCUGGUCCGAGAUCAAACACAUAUCCUUUGAUGAUAAGAAGUUUGUCAUCAAGUUUGUUGAUAAGAGUGUCACUAAUUUUAUUUUCUUCUCCCCUAAGGGUAUGAAUAAACUGAUUCUAGACCUGUGUAUAGGUAACCACGACCUGUACAUGCGGAGACGUAAACCCGACACAAUGGAAGUACAGCAGAUGAAGGCCCAAGCUAAAGAGGAGAAGCAGCGUCGUCAGAUAGAACGUAAUAAGUUGGCGCGAGAGAAGCAGCUGCGUGAGGCUGCGGAGCGCGAGCGCAGUGCUAUGGAGCAACGUCUGCUUCAGUAUCAGGAGGAGAUAAGACUCGCCAAUGAUGCGCUGCGGAGGUCGGAGGAGACAGCGGAGCUGCUGGCGGAGAAGGGUCGUGUUGCGGAGGAGGAGGCUUCACUGCUGGCUCAGAAGGCGGCCGAUGUGGAGCGCGAGAACGCACGCCUUAGACUCUCCAAUAUCAAGACUGAGGAAGAAAAGGUACACCUGGAGCGGAAGACGCGUGAGGCGGAGUUCCUGACUGCGCGGCUGGUGGAGGAGUCAGAGAAGCGCGCGGCGGAGGCUGCACGGCUGCGAGGUGAGCUGGCGGCUGCACGUCUCGCUGAGAAGACCGCCAAGGAGAAGCUCAUCAACUUCCUCACCACAUCCUCCACCUCCUCGACAGCCUCGCUACCCCCCGGAACCAAGUGUUCCACAGUACCAUCGAGUUUGUUCCCGUCCACUUGUUCUCUUCCCGCGGAGCUGGGAGAGGGGCGUGGCGAUGGGAGGGGGGAGGUGGAGGUGUCAUGUGCGGGGGGUGUCACUCUGCACAAUGGCGCCCCGGAGACGGACCUCAACUCUUACCAGCUGGUGCCAGACGACUCUGACCCUCAUAUACACCGGCUCUCGCUAGAGAUUGAGAAGGAAAGGGUGGAAUACUUGGCGAAGUCCCAACACUUGCAGCGACAGCUGGAGUCGCUCCGCUGCGAGUUCUCAGUGCUGCGCGUUGAGGGGGCGGAGCGCGGGGCGGAGUCCUGCGGGGCGGUGGGCGGGGCCGCGGGCGUGGACAAGUACGCCACUCUGCGCCGCCUGCGCCAGGGCUCCGCCAACACACGCGUCGCUUUCUACGAGCAGCUUUGAAUUGAUAACACGAGGUAAAAAUCGUAAAGUAAUUCUACGAGCUAAUAUUCCACAAUUAGAUUUAAUGAAAGUGCCUUAUUUAUAUGAAAAGUCGACUUGUACAUUAGUUUGUGUACGCAUAGUCAAUAUUUAGUUGCAGUAUAUAUUUAUGUAUUAAGUGACAAUUAUUUGUUUUAUA